AUGGCUGCUGAUGCAAGGAAGAAGAAGAUCGCCGCCAUCAUCGUGUUUUCUGUUAUUGGGGUGGCGAUGAUAGUGGCGGUGGCGAGCAGCCUCGAGAAAGCGGCCGGCGACACCUCCGACCCGAAAGAGCUGAUCAAGGCCGGGUUCCAGGUGGCAGCGGACAAGCUAAACGAGGUCAUCCAGAACUCCAACACCUUGAAAGAUCUUGCCAAGGAUCCCAUGGCCAGCCAGGCUCUGGACGUCUGCAAGGAAAUGCUGGAUACCUCCACUGAGGAUCUCCUAGCUGCCGUGGAUAAAAUGGGGCCGUUCGAUGCCAGCAAGAUGAAUGAAUAUGUUGAGGACCUCAAAGUGUGGCUGAGCGCCGCCGUCAACCACCAGCAAACUUGCCUGGACGCGUUUGAGGGCACCAAGGGUGAGGCCGGGGAGAAAAUGAAGGGGUUUUUGAAGACCGCGCAAGAACUCACAAGCAAUGGACUUGCCAUGGUCUCUGAAAUCUCUUCACUGUUGGGAUCCCUCAAUUCAAACUCCCACCGCCGCAGACUCCUCGGUUCUUCGUCAGGUGGCCAGAGUAAGAGGGUUUAUAAGCCGCUGCCGUCUUGGAUCGGUGCUCGCAAGCUGGAUCUCUUGACUGCCACUCCGCAGAGUCUGAAGCCCAACGUGGUUGUGGCUCAGGAUGGGACUGGCAAGUACAAGAGCAUCAAUGAAGCUUUGAAGGAGGUGCCAAAGAAGAGCGCCCAGCCCUUUGUGAUUUAUAUUAAGGAGGGAGUUUACAAAGAGUAUGUCAUCGUUGAUAAGGAGAUGACCAAUGUCGUCAUGAUUGGUGAUGGUCCUACCAAGACAAGGAUCUCCGGUAGCAAAAACUAUGCAGAUGGUACCACAACUAUGUAUACUGCAACAUUUGCCGCAGUUGGAGACUACUUCGUUGCCAAGGGCAUAGGAUUUGAGAACACAGCAGGCGCCGCAAAGCACCAGGCCGUGGCACUGCGUGUGCAAUCAGACUUUUCCAUCUUCUACAACUGCUACAUUGACGCGUACCAAGACACCCUCUACACCCAAACCUACCGGCAAUACUACCGUGACUGCACCAUCUCCGGAACAGUGGACUUCAUCUUCGGAGAUGGGGUGGCGAUGUUCCAAAACUGCAGGAUGGUGGUUAGAAAGCCAGGGGAAUCACAGUCUUGCAUGGUCACGGCCCAAGGCAGGACCGAUAAGAAUGAGAUCACAGCCAUUGUCCUCCAAAACUGCACCAUCACUGGUGAGCCAGACUACAUGGCUGUAAAGGACAAAAACAAGGCCUACUUGGGGAGGCCAUGGAAGGGCUUUGCAAGGGUGGUGGUGAUACAGUCGCAGAUUGACGAUGCGAUUGCGCCCGAAGGAUGGACAGAAUGGACUGGUGAGAAAUUUCACACUAGUUGCUUUGUGGCUGAGUCCGGCAACAGGGGUGCUGGGGCUGACAUGUCCAAGAGGGUCAAAUGGCAAACCCUAAAGAAGCUUACUCCAGAACAAGCUGCGGCUUUCACCCCUGCGAGGUUGUUUGAGGGUGAUAAAUGGGUCAAACCCAGUGGGGUUCCUUAUGUUUCUGGCAUGAUGUCUGUGUAG